GAUACCCUGCCAUUUGCACACAAGAGUGACAAUCAUAAGGAGCAAAGGCGGAUGAAAAAGAGACAGAAGAGAGAAGGAUAGUCGUUCUGUGCCAUGUUGGCCGAAGGUUUUCUCAGAGUGCUGUGUUACAGGGAGGAGAGAAAGUUUGCCUCUGCUUCUAAGCUGAAGAAAUCGCAGGCACAUGCUCAUUGUGAGGAUCCGUUCAACUGCCACGUCACAGACUCAAACCCUACGGACCUACAGACAGAUUCAGCCCAAGCAGGUCCACACCAGGUGGAACUAGACCCCGCCAAAUGCCAGAGACUGAAUAUGGUGCGUGAUGGUCCAAUGGGCCUCCUAAUCCCUGGGUGUCCACAAGUCCUCACUCUGGACCCUGACUAUACGGUUUGCUUGGACAACUGCAGCCUCCUGGAACAGUAUCCUGACCUGCAGGUGGCCACCAUCCCCCAGCACGCUCUCUACGCUCCUGGCCCUGAAGCCUUCCGUCAGCCAGAAUGGGCGGCCCAACAAGGACCACAAGGCGAGCCUUACUUGUCCAUUCCAGACCAGGGUUAUCUGGUUAUGGGGCCCAGUGUGAACAUCAGCUUGGAUCUGCCCGGGUCAGGCUUGGAGCCUAUGUCUAACUCAUUGCUGAAUGGGAUGCUGGAGAAGCAGCUGGAGGAGGUGUACAUGCAGCAUCUGACUGACAACUUGGCUCGAUGUAACUCCCACCUGGGGAACAGCCUCCUGCACGGCCUUGUGCCUCCGCCUCCGCCCAGCAGCAGCCAGCCUCGGGGGCCAGACUCACUGGAGGCCUGUCUGGAACAGGGAGAGGACAGCAAGAAGAUUAGUUAUUUGAGCACCCAGAACUUGGUUCCCUGCUCGUCCAACUUCAGCUCCCCUGUGCUGAGGAUUUCAGAGGCUGACAGUACUCAUCUGCAAUGAGGGCAACCUUGCAAACACCCUGCAAAAGUAUUAAAUGUGAUGCUCAGCUAGGACUCUUUUGCUUCUGCACUUCUUUACCUCCAAGUGUACACAUACCCACAUGCAACCGGGAUCUGAGAACAAGUACAAUUCAGUAAAGGAUUGCAGGCUUUUAUUUUUGUUUACCUAUAUUUACACAAUGUCUUUGUUUACUUGCUUGGUGAAAUGACACGUCAAAGGUUCCUGCUCUCAUGUGCCAUCUGCUGUUAGGUUUGAGAACUACACCAUCUUGCAUUUACCUGAUGAAUGUUUGAAUUCAUUGUAUUGAUUAAUGCAUGGGCGUGUGUAAGGUAUUUAUUAUUUGAAGCAAAGUAUAAUCCAGCCGAAGAUUAUAGAUCUAUCCUGUACAUUGAAGUUGCCUUGUGAAAAUAGAGAUGUAACCUAAUGUAAAUUAAUCAAUCUGUACUUAAUGAAGUAAAAUAAGAUUUAAAUCAACAAACAGGCUGUCAUUUUAUAAUUUUGAGUUUUAGGAAGUAAUUCUGCUGUUUUAAUUUGCUGGUAUAUUUGGUUUUAUAUUCAGUAUUUGGCAAAAUACUUCAACAAUGUUUUGUUUUUCAAGUGAUACGGCAGUCUCUCAAUAAUCUAUAGAUAUAUAUUUAAUAUAUCUAAUGGUUAAGUGAAAUUUGUAUGAUUACUUUAAUCUAAGGCAACUAAGGUACUUAUUUGAACUUAUUACUUCUUUGUCAUUUCAUGUCCCAAAAUCAAUUAAGACAAACAGCAAUAUUACAAAACAAUAUGGCAACAUCCGGCUUUAGUUGAGACAGUUGGGAUGUAGAUUGUUUUGUUGUCUUUUAAGGUGUUUCUGUUAUAAAAGCGUUGAUGUUUAGAAGUCUGGAAAUUAAAUAACUACAAAUUGGACUUUGUAAAGUGUUUAUUGUUAAGGUUUACUUAAAAAAUGAUAUAAACCUGCCAGGAAAGUCAAAUUGAAUUUCAAUGGACCUUCUCUAAACUGUCUUGAUGAUAUAAAUUAAAUCUUGAUGCUCUGAAUUCCAAAUUAGGAUGACAGUUGUGCUUGUGUGUAAACUGAUGCUAACUUUACUGUCUAGUAUAAUUGCAAUAGCAUGAAAUGAAUUGUGGGUCAGGGUGUUUUGUUACCCUUUAAUGUGAAGCAAUAUGAUGAUGCCAGUAGUAACUACCUGGCCUUUUUCCAUGAGUUUUUGACAACGUCAUCCCUCACAUCACUUUAUGUUUCUGUAUGAAGCCUUCGCAGGACUGGAUACCUGUCCCUGGGUCAAAUUUGACCACAUCACUGUAACACUGCAAGUAUACCUUGUAAGUUUAAGUAUAAACCCUGUAAAUUAUUUCAAUUGUGAAUGCAUAAAAAUUGACAGUUCUUGCCCUAUAAAUUGCUUCCAAAAAAAUCCAAUGAUGUGUGAUGAUGGUGUGCUUAAGUUAGGAGCUGUUCAUCACAACCUGGCAGCCUCUAAAGAUCCACCAGCAUGAACUGACAAAGCAAAAGGCUGAAGAUUUAUGGUGCUUUUGACUGCUUCAGGGUGAUUUGUAACCUGUGAAGCACAAAUCCUAACCAUUGGGCUCACAGUGAAGGUAACGGGGAUCCAUCAACAUGAACUAAUACACUGGGCUUUGUGGAGGCUGAUUCACUGAUCUGUUAAAAAGAAAUAAACAGUUUCUCUUAUUAACAGAUUUGCGUCCACGCUUUCUAGUUAGGCAUUGUUACAUA